CGAGCUCCUUAGGCUUCUUCCGCGGCGAUCCGCGUUUCGUCGAGGGCCGAUGUCGACGAUGCGGGACGAUUAACGCAUGUAAAGACAGGCCGAGUACGAAGGGAGGUGGCUCGUGACACCAGAGCACAAAGUUACCUGAAUACAGGUGGAGCAGAAAACGAAGGCCCAGAUGUGAAGAUGCCACAGGCUGUGGUGCUGCUUGGGACAUUCUGCGACAUCAGUGGAGAGCAGCGGUUGCUCUCACCACUCAAAUCCCCGGCGCGUCAACCUACUGCACCGGAGACCACUCGGGGUCAACAACAGCCCAAGUAUUCCUCUCCCCAGCUCUCCACGCUGCCCACUGCAAAUUUCUGCCCUAAAUUACUCGGUGCCAAAUCUUCCAGCCCCAAGUUGCCAAUUACUGAUUCUCGUGGCCUCAAAUCGGACGGCCCCCAUGGUGGACAAGAAGCAGCAGGCAGGCCCAAGGAGACCACUCGUGGGUUGUCUGUGGUUCUGCACAGACUUCAUUUAAAUACAGUGAAUGCAGGUUACUGUUUGUACAAGGGCAGCUCAGGAGAAAAAAAUCCAUCCUCUGGAAACCUAUGGCAGGGUUUGAAUACAAACAAGGCCAGUUUGAAAUCGGAUGACCAUAGUCUGCUGCGUGACUGGGAGAGCAAAGAAGAUGACAAGGACUCUGAGUUCAACAGCCUCGUGACUUCUCUCCAGAAUGCCAACCUUCGCUCGCUCAUGAGCCACGAAUCAUUUAGGAAACUUCCGACCGCGUGCCAACAACGUCUUCUGUUGCUGCUGCCAGAGCCGGACCGUCAGCUUGGGGACGAUGGGAGUUUACAGCUCGGCAGUUCUGCUCUAUGCAAUGAGUUUUUCUCGUAUGCGGCACUGGACUGGCAAGAACGUCUGGCAGAGGGAGAAGAAUCGAAUGCGCAGCAGUGCAUCAGGAAUGGACUGGCGAAGAAGGCGCGCUUGUCUGUACAUGAGGCACAUGCUCAGGACUCGCUGCACAGAAACGUUGGAGAGUUUGUCGGUGGAGAUGCACUAUCUACCUCUCGGUGUAAAUCAGGUACAAGAGGUGCUUUUUCAGUCGUUAGAGACGAAGUGAAGAAGGUCCUCAGCACCCAGCACAACCGUACAGUUUCUGGAAACUGCAAGGAUUCAGUGAUGAGCCUACCACCUUGCACUGUGAGGUUGGAAAAUUGUCUGCCACUGAAAGUGGUGGGCAGUGGCAAGUGGCGAAAGGAAAUACAGCCAAUAAAGAAUGGUUGCCUCCACAAAAGGUCCUCCAAAAAUGUAAAAAGGAAUGAGAUGGCACGACUUGUGAAGAGCAUGCAUAUAGACAUGUCUCGCGCACGCACAUCUCGCGCACGCACAUCUCGCGCACGCACGUCUCGUGCCACAGCAGGUGGUCUCCACAUUCCUUUGCAAGUUACUGACAAGUCUGAAGAACUUGAGGACUGGAGAGAAACACUUGGAGAGAGCUCUUGGUCAGGAAUGUGGAAAAACUCAAAAUCGCAACGCCCGUUGUCGAAAGAAAAAAGUCCGUUGACGAAUAAAAAGGCGUUGAAGGCCGCUGCCAGAAGUUUGUGCGAGGAGGAAAGCUUCACCUUGCCAACGCCCUCUCGGCCAGCAAAGCGGGUGCUGCCUGUGAGGCAUCGUGACAAGCGAUUGAAGACUGAUGCCUGCCUGUCUGUGAGCACCAAUGAACCCAAGUCAUCUGUUAACAUCAGACCUGUCACUGUUACAAUUGUUCGCCUCCCUGUUCAAGUAUUUUCUGAAGCAUCCACAAUUUACAAAGUUAACAAGUUGUCAAAUGCCCGAGAAGGUCAAAGUAUUGUUCUCUGUGAUGAAUCGAAUACUCGAUCCAAAGCAAGUUGUGACUUGAAAAUGCAGAAAAAUGUCAGGAAGCAACGUAGAAAAAAGUUUACUACAAAAUUCACACACAGAAAGCAACGGAGUGCAACCCGAUCAGCAGUUUACGUAGAUGCAUUAUUGCACAAUGCAUUUCCAAAAAAGGGAGGUGAAAAUGGACGUAUUGUAGCAAAGAAGCAUCUGAAUGAGAAUCUAAACUUCCCCAAGAUCACACGUGAGCUGUUGGUGUGCAAGGGAACCGCAGAAAAAGGUUUUGAUGAAAGCCCAACGAAAGGCGGCAUAUCAGGCGAUGUCGAAGAACAAAGAGUGAAAACGCACAGCGAGCCCAUGACCCUGACCCCACUCUCGCAGAGUUCUGCCCUGACACCAAAGCAAGCCGCAAAGUCUGCUCUCCCGCUGCCUCACUCGAAGAGGAACUCCAUCGAUUGGAUGUGUUUGUCUGCAACCUCGCGCAAGCGUCUGUACCCAAAUUACCCCCUGCUGGGAGAUGAACCGGAGCUCCCUCAGAUCAGCCUCCUGCUCUUGCCUUCUGUCAGGCUCGCCCUUGUCAAGCCUCAAUGUGCAUCCACUGCACACACUGCGGAUGUUCCAGUGUCUAUGGAGUCUAAAAGAAUGCACUUGGAGCCUGGGCAUCUCGCGAACAGCGGACUGUCAGGCUUUGGCGUGGCUGCGCACACAGCGCCUUGGCGCUCUGAGAACAUUCCCUUCCACUUGCCAUCUACUCCGCUGCCGACGCCUCCCAAUCGUUUACAACACGGCCACCGUGCCAGCUGUAAGAAUGUUGAAGGGGACCAGAUAGUGUUGCGGGAGAUAGCCAAUUCGCCAUUGCCAGCGAGAAGCCAUGCAGACGAGCCAAUGCAAUAGAGACGACGAUUGCCUGCAUGCCCGAUGGAAGCCCACGCACCUGCAGAUUCUGCCCUCCUGGCGCACCCUCACUCAUGCCCCUUGCCUUUACAUACAUGCAAGAGUGUGCCGGCCGUGCAGUGUGCUAGCGGUGUGGCACUUCCGCAGGUAGUUCUUAGAGCGCCUGGCCACAAAGAUCUUCUGGAAUCUGCAGAGCCUCAGUUGGCUGGCAAGAAGUGUAGGAAUUCAGAUGUGUUUGUUGAGGUGCCUUCUCAGAAGAGGUUCAAGGAAGCAAUGCUUUUGUAAAGGUCCUACAUUGGUGUGAUGUGAACCAAAAUUAAUUUGAGAAAUGAGACAAGCCUCUUUAAGUUAUAUCUUAAAUUUAAACAUAUUCCUUUGUUUUAAAAAAAGCAAUUACCCCCCCCCCCCCCCAUGUAUUACAAAGUGUGUGAUUGGUGCAAUGUCAAGAGAUGAUGACUCAGUUCGUAAAUCUCAGAGUGGUGUGCCCAGUGUCUGACAAUAUCCCAUGGAAGUUACUUUUUUAAAUCCUUUAUAUUAAGUUCGCAUGCUUGCUUGCUUGCUUGCGUGCUUGCGUGCUUGCUUGCUUACGACCGUGCAAAUCUUUCGGUCGUUUUUUAACCCACUUCCCGUGAUCCAAUCGAGCUGACAUUUUCCACACAUACUCGUUGUGCCAGACAAUUAAUGUUCGUGGAAAAAAAUUCCCAAAAUUUUACACUUUAUAGGCAAAAAAAAAAUAUUUUACAUAUAUUCAAAGAACUCAUUCUUGGCUUUGGCUGAACGUCACAGUAUAAGAGCCCAGAGCGUAACCCCUCCACAGGCCGUGGCGGAGUAGCGCAGUUGGUAGCGCCCUCGCUUCCCAUGCCAAAGGUCGCGGGAUCGAUCCCCGCGUCCUCCACAGGCGAAUAUAUUUUUAAAUCCUUUAUAUUAAGUUCGCUGCCACGCAUAUAUAGUGAAAAACUUUGUUUUUACGGGUUAUACUUAUCACAGGACUUCUGAAACAUGCAUCGAGUGGCCUUUUACACAUUACACAGUAGGUGAGAACUUUACACAGUAGGGUGAGAAGUCUGCUAUGAGAUGCACAUUACCAUGAAACCGAUAUAUUUUUGUAUUUCUCAGCUGAAAUUUAGCAAGAUUUAAUGUAGGCAAUUUGUGUAGGCGUUGGUAACUGGAUUGAAACCAUCAACCCUCUCAACGGUUGCCAGCUCAGUAUUUUAUCUUCCAAGUCACCAGCCAUCUGAGAUGUCUUGGACAAGUAAAACAAAGCAAAGGAAGUCCCAUGAUGUCAAAAAAAAUUAUGAAAAAAGUAACAUUUUGUUUAACACGAGUUUCUCUUUCAAGUGUUAUUUAAAACCUGUUAAUAUAAAAGGAUAAGUAUCCUUCGAUUUUAUGAACAUUGGGUUUACGAAAAUUCACGUCAACGCAAUUGGCAAAUUAUGUACACUUUUGAUUCACGAAAUCGAAUUUCCACGUGAACGAACUUUCCCAUGGCAUCAAACAAGAGCCGCCCGGGCAGCUGUCAUCCGUCUGCGACAGCGUCCACAUCACCUGUGCAGGCGUUCCACCAUGGAUGUCUUUUGGCGAUUUCCCCAAAAAGGUGAAUUGUUGGUUUAAAUUCAUUUUGAUUCAAUCCUAAAAUGUGUUCAUUAUUAGUUUUAUAUUGUAAAAAGUGAUAUAGGUGUAUUUUUAUACGUUAGGAGUAGAGUUGGAAUGAUUGUCCUUAACACGUCCCUAAUUUUUUUGUAUUAAUGGGAAAGGAUUUUCGAUUAAGGAAAUUGCGUUACACGUGUUCUUUUUCAAGAACACCGCGUCCCUUUUAUAAACCGGGGAACACCUGUAUUGGGACAAAAAUCUUAACAUGUAAUUAAAAGUAACAUUUUAAGUCUAAUAUUACAUUAAGCUUAAGUAACAUGCCUAAUGUGUUCAUGAGGGCAUGAUUAAGGAGACGGGAGUGAAACGUCCCACUUCUCUGGCGAUGUUUUUGGCAGCUGAAACGCGACAGCUUCCCAAAUUGCUAUCCAGUCGACAUAUCUGACAGGAUGCUUGCACAGCUGUCUAUAAGUACAGUUAAUGGCCAGUCAAAUAAUAUUUGCUCAUGAAUUAUGGUGCAUGGAUAAGUGACCACCAUACGUCAUGGGAUUUGAACAAGUCCUCUGAUUUGGAGACGAGAGAUUGUUAUAGGGCUGCAAGGCUUCGUGAUGGACAGUAGAGGGCAGAGCAGCAAAAUCAAUUGUUUUAUACUUGGAUGCUCUCAGACGUGUAACGCUUGCCAGCUUGGCGAAGUGCGGUCAAAUAACCAUCGCGACUCAAAGGUGUAAGAGGCCGUCAUCGGGAAAUGUAGUGUUCACUACAUUUGCAGUACAAUACGAAGAACCUAAUAUAUAAUGUGCGAAGGUGCUAUCUUUGAUAGCCAGGUCUCGGAAUGUUAUUUGACAGGAUGUGACUAGUUCAAUACACAAUUUGAUUCUGCUGCUUGACAUUGCUAGAUUUGCCACUUCACAAUUACAUCAUUAGGUCACUUUAAUAUGGCCAAAUAAUCGCGAUGUAUAUAUACAAUAUUUUUUAUCAAUUAAAUGUAUACACUUUUCCAACACCCCAUUCAAGAAGCAGUAUUUCAAUUACAGGCUGGAUAGGGUAGGAUUAUCUGGUAUUGAUUUUUUUUGCUUAAUCUUUAAUUCUUCAUGUUGUGGACCAUGCUUGUGCUUUACAAUUUCUACAUUUCAAUUUCCAAUGCAGUGAACGUUUAAGGUGACUGUACAUGGACAAGAGCUGCCAGGUUGUGAUGGUUAGCAUGAGACAAUCCGGAGGGUGUCGGUCCGAUUGUAUCUCCCGGCACGGCAGCUGAAACGAUGCAAGUUUCUCAAAUAUUCCUACCUCUGUCCGCAGAGCAUUGUAGACCGCAGUCAGUCGUCAGUUCGCCCGUCUCUUCCAACACGUUUGUUCAACGUGGAAGAGUAGACCAAAUACCCUUUAAGAGUUUGCUCGGCAAUGGCGUGAUCAACACAAUUGACAUUUGCAUUCCUCUUGCAGUAAUGCUGUACGCUUCAAAGGUGGCGCCAUAUCAGCUGUUGAUGCAUUGUUAAGGGAUGCAGGGCAAGGCGGGGGUGGGGGGGACAGCGCGCCACGCAGAGCAAUCAGUGGCAUUGAGGGUGCUCGUGCAAUUGCCGGCGUCACUUCUCUGUUGAGGUUGCGUCUCAGUAUGGGGUUCCUCGGCUUUGAAUUGCAAUUUGCGACGUGUUUAUAUGGGGGUUUUUUUUGUUGCAAAUCGUUUGCAUUGGCAAGAUCCCCCGAGUAUGGGGUGAAUGGAUGUCUGUGUGUGGCAUGUCCACGUGUGCAUUUGUGUUCACAUGGCUCUGCCGUGCUUUGAAAGCGGCCUCGUUACAAUCAGUUCUGAAAAUUGGCUGUCCUGCCACGCUGCGUGGAAACCUUUAGUCGGUAAACGUGGACACUUGAAGUGGUUGCGAUGCACUUCUCCCAGCUAACUCAGGCUCUCAGUUGCAGCACUCAAUGGAGAGUGCUUUAUCGAUUGGUGUUGUGCAUCUAUAACCACAGAUGACCGUACGACUUUUAUAUGUGCAGGAGAGCCCCGGUGAAUGGUAUUACGAUGGUUUGUGUACAUCUCUCGUGUGGUGAAUAAGACUAAAAUGAAGUUUAAGGUAAUAAACACUGUCAGUCUCAAGGAAAACAAGUUGUAAAUCCCUUUUCUUGUACGUGGAGACAAUUCCACCCAAAAAAUGAUCAGCUGAUCAAUCCACUGCUGGACGAAGCCCUCCCCGUGAACUGCCACCUCUCGACUCUUGCGAUGCAACGACCAAUCCAACACAUGUACAAUACUGACGGUGUUGGAUGGAUUGUUGCAUCGCGAGGUCGAUCACGUAUUCACAUCCAUUACAAGAUGUUUACACGUGAAGUCCGUUCAUUAUUCGUGGUAUGCCACUACUCCAUUUGCCAAAGUCUUUUAAUUUUAUUUUCCUGUAUCGUCUACGUGUAUAUUGAACUUGCCAAGGAAGGUGUUCAUAGCCAAUGUGAUUCCGAAUAGAUAUUUGGGUUUGGCUGCAACUUGAUCUAACCAAAUCUGUGUCGUUAUGAACCCCCCAGCACUGGGCACAGCCAUACAAAUUGUUAAGUGUACAAGUGUUUAAUCUUUCAGGGGGUCCGAGUCAACUGAAUUGUUAUAGAUCUUGUGCUGAAGAUGUUUUAUGCAGUUUCAAAUUAAAUGUCAUAUCUAAUUUUGAUUUGAAGCUUUCGUGAAUGCAGGGAUCCAUACUCUUUGGUUCUUUUGGUAAAGUCACGUAGGUAUGAAAUAAAUAAAUCGCGACGUUUCAGGCGCAUCCGGUGGGAAAGCAUGGUCUGCUGCUGAGGCAGACUGUUUUAAAAUAUUUUAAAUGGGUCAUAAAGAAGUGGCCAGGGCUAGUGAUGUUAAUGUGAGAAAUUAGCAUGUAACUGUAAGAUAGGAGAGCGGCCUCCUCGAGGGCUAAGUUUGGUUGCUAGGGUAUUUCUUCAACUUAUAGAGGUGAAUCAAUUGGCACGUUAAACGCUUGCACUCAUGACAGUCUAUGUGGCUGUAUUGGGUCGUGGGGGGGGGGGGUCCCAAUGACACAAGAUUGAGUCCGAUCGUCACAUGGCCCAGCCCAAAUCAGUUAUGAAUAAUGUGCGUUUUGUUACCUUGUGCAGUAUCUUGAGAUGUACAUGCAUGUAUAUGCUUUGUAAACCAGAUUAUAUAUUAUCAUCCAUAAAAAUAAUAUGGUCUGCAUUUCGUUAGAGGUGAUAUGACCAAUGACAUUAAUAUAUCUAAUGUAAUACCAGUACUGGUGGUGUGUCAAAAUCAUGUAGUUGACUUGUAACUUGAAUGAGUAAAUCUUAAAGUAGCAUUGGUGUUCCUGCAUAGCAUAGCAGCAUUAUUCCACGUUGUUUGUUUGUCCAGCAGGCCUGUGUGCUUGGUGGACACGUUAUUGGUUGAUGGGUGCACUGUGAACACUAAUCACAUCCUCUUACAUAGUACUUGGGUAUAAGGAAUAUACAUUUAAAUAGGCUAUUCUGCAGUAUGCAGAAACACAUUUAUAAAGUCAAUACAGUAUAUAUAUGCGUUGUGAAAAUCUAUGCAGAAUUAGAUUAAUAAAGUGCCAAAAUAUAUAGGUAUUGUGGUAAAGAAGUACAUUUCCAUGGGAGUCUGGACACUUAUUUUUGCCUUUUAAGAUGUUAACACCAUGCAUUUAUCCAUAGGCACAGAAAUGAGGAUGCAUGCACCACUCUGUGAAAUGGUGUUCAACAUGUAGCUAUUUGAACGUUGAAUAUUCAGGAUAUUUCACACAAAAUAACUGAAUGGCAUGGGUCUUGCACUGACGUAGCUUGACCCGAUUCUCAAUAGCCUUAUCACACCUGUGCCUGGUAU